CAAUUUCGCAAUUCCCCACAACUUCACCACCCCAUUCCCCGUUCCACCACUGUUUAGUGAAUCACUGGCCAACUCUCCCAGUCCCGUCACUUCUGAUCCCCGCAGCUCCCAGUGACAUCGCUCCGACCUUUUGCCGUCCACCUCAUCCUGGGUGGCAGCCAUUUUGUGCUUGAUACAGUUGCCGCCCGACCAUCCAACGUCGUCGAAUACGUAGCACUCCAAACUCAUUAUCCGCGCUCUCCUCUCGCCGUUCAUUCAAUCCAAACCAUCCCUCCUCAACCAUCCCUCCUCACCAUCCUCAACCAUCCCUCCUAACCAUCCUCAACCAUCCCUCCUCACCAUCCUCAACCAUCCCUCCUCACCAUCUUCACUUUCUCCUCGCUCUCCUCUCUCCGGGACGUCAAUCUAAACUUCUGCCGGGAGAUAUUUUCCGACAUGAACUGUAAAACCAUCAUCUACUAGGAGUGAUGACCACCCCAGUCCCCCGGGUGUUUGCUCUCCUCCGUGUGUCGGUCCCUCCAGGCCCAUCUGUCAUCUGUCCAUCACCCGCUCCCUCAGCAAACUUCGAGCCGAACGCAAUAGGCGACUGUUAACAGGGAGAAUCUCCACGAAUGUGUCUGACGGGAUGAGGAUCAACAACCGUUCCUUGUGAAUUGAUGUCCACCGUGGGCCACAGGUUUCUUGUGGCGACAGCUGCGCGAAUGGGAAAUUAAUAAUUUUUUUUAUGCUACCAAUGUCAAAAACUCUCCGGAAUCGCGAAGCUCUUGGAAAAUACAUGUCUGAGGCCCUUCAGAAAUCCUGUGGGGGCAAAUUGUCGAACGUGUUUGUUUGAGUUCAGCAGAAAGGCGACUCCCUGCACCGGGACAGGUGAGGGAUGUUCCAGCUGAAACUCGUCCUGCGCUGGGAAGCCCCGUUCUCACACAGGGUGGAGCUCAGAACCUUCCAGAAGCCGAGACGGAUCAAAUCCUCGGAUUCGCUGAAUUAAACAAAGAACCUCCGCCCAUUGGCUGUGAUGGAACUGCAAGGAGGGAAAUUGUUUGACCUACGCGGAAGUUCAGACAGAACCUCCCCGCGUCCGCGAGAGACGGUUAACGCGGCCUUUGAUAUUCCUGUCUGUGUUUCCUCCAUUUGCCCCCUGUCCCUUCUCCCCCGCUGUCGGACAUACCCCGGUCCACAGAGGGUGCGCGCGCCAGAACUGCGGCCAUGUACGCUUAUUCCAGCUCAAUCGGACCAGUGUAUCUGUAAUGCCCGACGGACACUGUAUAAACAAAUAGCCUCGGAGGCAGCAGCUUAGACUGAAAUCUCUGUACAUGGUGAGCACACGGCUCACCCGGGACCGCACUGAACUCCGGCCGGUUUCAACAUCGCACAGAAACGCCGCUCCCUGAUCCGAGGAAUGUCUGCGUGUCGGAAUCCGUCCUGCGGACGGGCAGCAGCUUGCACACAGAAAGUCGCGCUGUGAGUCUCACAGAACAGCAGCACCGGCUCCUCGCCCGAUUGUCUGGCAUGAAGUUGGAAGAAAACGAGUUGAAAAUAUAUCCACACGGAGACUGAAUAUUCUUAGUGAAUUAAGGGCAUCAACAGAAGGCGGCGCUGUCCAGCACCGGGAUCGGUGUGCAGACAAGACGACGACAAUCAACAACCGUCAGUCAGAAUCAGAAUGGCUACAGGUGGGAAAUUAAAUCAGGUACCGAAAGUACUCAAGAGGCUUUUACCAGGCAGCUCAUCGAGGGAAAAUGAUCGGGAUACGGGAAGCAAGGUUCCAAAGCAGGGUCAGAUUGAGAGCAAUGUCCCAAUGGAAUGCGGUCCGGCCGCAGAGGAGGAGAAGCAAAUUCAGCCCAGAGAGAGUGACGUCAGAGACACUGAGCAGGUCCCUGGAACCGGCACAAGUGAGGCGACUGCCUGUCAGCCCAGAGACAGUGACGUCAGAGACACUGAGCAGGUCCCUGGAACCGGCACAAGUGAGGCGACUGCCUGUCAGCCCAGAGACAGUGACGUCAGAGACACUGAGCAGGUCCCUGGAACCGGCACAAGUGAGGCGACUGCCUGUCAGCCCAGAGACAGUGACGUCAGAGACACUGAGCAGGACCCCAGAACCGGCACAAGUGAGGCGACUGCCUGUCAGCCCAGAGACAGUGACGUCAGAGACACUGAGCAGGACCCUGGAACCGGCACAAGUGAGGCGACUGCCUGUCAGCCCAGAGACAGUGACGUCAGAGACACUGAGCAGGACCCUGGAACCGGAACCAGUGAGGCGACUGCCUGUCAGCCCAGAGACAGUGACGUCAGAGACACUGAGCAGGACCCUGGAACCGGCACAAGUGAGGCGACUGCCUGUCAGCCCAGAGACAGUGACGUCAGAGACACUGAGCAGGACCCCGGAACCGGCACAAGUGAGGCGACUGCCUGUCAGCCCAGAGACAGUGACGUCAGAGACACUGAGCAAGACCCUGGAACCGGAACCAGUGAGGCGACUUCCUGUCAGCCCAGAGAGAGUGACGUCAUGGUCACAGAGCAGGACCCCGGAACCGGCACAAGUGAGGCGACUGCCUGUCAGCCCAGAGACAGUGACGUCAGAGACACUGAGCAGGUCCCUGGAACCGGCACAAGUGAGGCGACUGCCUGUCAGCUCGGAAACUCAUUAAACACGGAAUUGUCGAGUGCCCAACAGGGAGUGGAGUUUACAAUCUCCGACCUCCUGGCAGAGGGGGGCGAGUAUCGACUGUACCAACUGACCAAGUUCUACAGGGACAGACUCAAACAUGCAAUUGAAGAGAAAGUUGAACGACUCGGUUGGAUGUUGACAAAGGAUGGACAUUUCAGUGGAGAAGAAAAUGAGAAAGUCACUGAACUGACAGAGAAGGGAAACCGGACAGAGAGUUCCAGACUCUUCCUCAGUUUGGUGAAUGGCAAAGGCUCCCGGGCCCGACAGGCGAUGUGGGAAUCCUUUGUGAUGUGGAGGACUGAGUUACCGAAGUUGGACAGGAUACUAAGGGAGAUACAGGAGCUCGGUCCUGACCCAGAGGAAUACAUGAACAUCGCACAAGGGUUGUCUGAGUUACCCACUGAACUGACAGAUGUUCAACAGAAACACAAGGAGACUCUGUGGGCACAAACUGAAACACUGAGAGUGAACACGAUCCUGAUGAGGGAGAAGGUGAAAGUUUUCCAGCUGAUUGAUCGAUACACAAAGCUCACGGUCAUUUCUACUCUUCGAGAUCGGAGACUGGUGGAACACGAGCUGCUGGCAAGAGGCAGAGACCACGAGGAUUAUAGAGAGAAACAUCUCCGUGGAGCGUUAGAAAAAAUAGAGACUUCUCAGUUAUUCCACAGCAGUUUUUCCCGGAGAAAAUCCAAAUCUGGCAGUUCUGCAGCAGUAGCUGGAGUGCCAGGAAUCGGGAAAACAACAAUGGUACAGAAGAUUGUUUAUGACUGGGCCGCGGGGAAAAUAUUCCAACAAUUCCAGUUUGUCUUCAGUUUCAAAUUCCGGGAUUUAAACUCAAUUAACUGCAGAAUAAACUUGAGGGAACUGAUUCUGGAUCAGUAUCCUUACUUUGGGAAUAUCCUGAGAGAGGUCUGGAAGAACCCAGAGGAAUUGCUGUUUAUAUUCGAUGGUUUGGAUGAAUUCAAGCACACAAUCGAUUUUGCGGACAGUCGGAGAGACACAGAACCCAAGCACCAGUGCCCAGAUCCCGAGUGGUGGUGUGAAGUGUCUGACAUUGUGUACAGUUUAAUCCAGGGCAAGCUGCUCCCAGGGUGUUCAGUGCUGGUGACCACCCGCCCCACUGCAUUACAUUUAUUGGAAAAGGCGGAGAUCGGUGUCCGGGCUGAAAUCCUGGGAUUUGUUGGUGAGGAACGGAAGGAAUAUUUCAUCAAGCAUUUUGAAGAUCAGAUGGUGGCAGCAGCUCUUUUCAAACACGUGCAGGAGAAUGAGAUCCUGUACACCAUGAGCUACAACCCCUCAUACUGCUGGAUCCUCGCUCUGGCACUGGGCCCCUUCUUCACAGAAAGUGUCAGGGACCCACAGAGAGUUCCCAAGACCAUCACCCAACUGUACUCCUACUAUAUUUACAAUAUCCUAAAAAAUCACGGUCGUGAGAUUGAGAGACCCCGUGAUGUGUUUCUCAGGGUGGGUCAGAUGGCCUACAGAGGAGUGUCCGAGAAGAAGAUUGUGUUUGCAGACGGAGAUUUGAUCAAGUUCAAUCUGCAGCCUUCCCAGUUCCUGUCCGGGUUCCUGAUGGAGCUUUUGGAGAGAGAGGAUUCUGCCCACAGCGUGGUGUACACAUUCCCACACCUCACCAUCCAAGAGUUUGUAGCUGCAGUAGCACAAUUCCUGACUGUACAUCCUGAGGAUAUCCUGAAAUUCCUCACUGAAGCCCACAAGACACAAGAUGGGCGAUUUGAGGUCUUUCUCCGAUUUGUUGCUGGUCUAUCCAACCCAAUGACAGCUCGGGGCCUGGAGGAGUUUCUGGGUCCAUUUCCUCAUCAAACAACCUGCCGGGUGAUUGACUGGGUGAAGGAGGAGGUUAAACGCCAGAGUGGAAACACUGAUGACAUUGGGAGAAGGAGACUCCUGAAUACAUUGCACUACCUGUUUGAGUCUCAGAAUCGUGGACUGGCUCAGGCCGCACUGGGAUCUCUGAAAACACUUUCAUUCAGUGGAAUGACAGUGACCCCGGUUGACUGCGCGGUCCUGUCUCAUGCCAUCGGACUCUGUGAUACUAUAAAACACCUCGACCUGCAGGGCUGCCACAUUCAGUGUGAAGGAAUCCAGCGGCUGGGACCCGGGCUGAACAAGUGCCAGGAGUUGAGGUAACUUGGUUUAUCUCUCACUCAGAACUCUAAAACUGUUCCAUUGUGCUGUUUCCAAGUAAACGGAUUUGGGUAAAACUGCAGUAAAUCAGAUUGAGAUGUAUUGUGACAAAUGCCACCCCCUUCAUCCUGUGCGAUCACUCUUCCCCAUCCCGAUUAUUCCUGUUGGAUUUCUCUUAGCCAUUACCCUUCCUCUAGUCAGAUUUCUCUUCCACACACCCGUUCCUGCUGUGGGAUCUCUCUUCCCUAUCCACUUCCUCUU